GGCUCCGCUCGGCUCCGCUCGGCCAUGGCGAAGCGGGGACCGGUCCCCGCCGGGCCCCUCGGGGACGAUUUCUCCUUCGUGAGCCCGGUGGCCAAGUACGUGCUCUUCUUCUUCAACCUGCUCUUCUGGAUGAUCUCCAUGGUGAUGGUGGCCGUGGGGGUGUACGCGCGGCUGCUGAAGCACGCAGAGGCGGCCAUGGCGUGCCUGGCAGUGGACCCUGCCAUCCUCCUGGUCGUGGUGGGCGUCCUCACCUUCCUCAUCACCUUCUGCGGCUGCGUCGGCUCCCUGCGGGAGAACAUCUGCCUGCUGCAGACGUUCUCCGUCUGCCUGACCAUCAUCUUCCUCCUGCAGCUGGCGGCCGGCGCGCUGGGCUUUGUGUUCUCUGAUAAGGCCCGCGGGAAGGUCAGCGAGAUCAUCAACGGGGCCAUCGUGCAUUACCGGGAUGACCUGGACCUGCAGAACCUCAUCGAUUUCGGGCAGAAGGAGCUGCUGCGGGGGCGUCUCCUACAAGGACUGGUCCCAGAACAUGUACUUCAACUGCACGGCCACCAACCCCAGCCGCGAGCGCUGCUCCGUGCCCUUCUCCUGCUGCCUGCACGACGCCGACCAGGCUGUCAUCAACACCAUGUGUGGCCACGGGAUGCAGGCCAGGGGCUACCUGGAGGCCAGCGCCUUCAUCCACACCAACGGCUGCAUCGACAAGCUGGUCAACUGGACCCACAGCAACCUCUUCCUGCUGGGGGGCAUCACCCUGGGGCUGGCCCUGCCCCAGCUGGUGGGCAUCGUCCUGGCACGGCUCCUCAUCAACCAGAUCCGCGACCAGGUCAAGCUGCAGCUCUACAACCAGCAGCACCGGGCAGACCCCUGGUCCUGAGCCCGCACCCUCCCCGCGGCACGGCGGCGCUCCCGGGCCAUUCCCGAGCCCCGGAUCGGCGGGGACAGCCGCUGGAGGAGAGGGAAUGCGGCUCCGCGGCGGCCGCGCAGGAGCCUCCGUGCCUUCGGCAGCCGCUGCUGGGCUCGGCCUGGAGGCGCUGAGCUGAAGCAGCGCCGGGGAGCCGCUGGCUGUCUGUCCGUCCGUCCUGCGGGCGCACAAAGCUUCGCGUUGGGAUGUGCUUCCCCUCCCCGCGUGCGCUGGAGAAGGACGUUUUCCUGUCUGUCUGUCUGUCUGUGUGUCCGUGCACCGAGCUGCCUUCGCCCAGGCCGGGCUGUGGGGCCGGGGACAUUCCCCCCCGUGGCCGGGUGUCCGUCUCGGUGUCGCUGGCCGCGGGGACAGCCGAGGGCACAGCAGGGCUGAGCCCGGGCCAGCCGAGCGGGCCGAGGCCGUGCCGGGCUGUGCCCGUUCCUUGGCUUUCCCGGACAAUAAAGACACAAAACCGCUCCGA